UGCAGAAAGUUUUUGUCAAUGGCACCGCCUAGGCGCCUAGGAAAGAUUCGGGGGCACACCUGGCAUUCUCCAACUCCACGGCUUUCAUUGGGAAAAACAGAAAAGAAAACGAGAAAGAAGUUGCUCCAUCCGAGUACAAGCUGUUGCUGUACCCAAUUUAGUUCAUGAAUGGCGACCAGCAGUGGCUUGGUGCUUCAUCGUUGUUGGUCUAUGUUAGCCUAUCGAGGUGUAGCUUUCCCACGGAGAUCUCCGAGACUAAUGCUGAACUUCCAUUCAGUGUGUGCAACAGCAACUGCUACUUUUGCUACUUCUUUAGAAGUCAAAGCCUCCUCUGACAGGUGCAGUAGUCGCUUUGGCACAAGGGCAUGUAGCAGCAAGUCAAACCAGCCCACAAGAAGGUGCUCCGCCAAUGCAAUUGUUGUUGUCGACGAUGAAAAAUACGGCAAUAAGCAGGUGAUUAGUGUUACUCCACGUCUUUACGACUACAUCCUUGCCAAUGUUCGAGAGCCGGAGAUUCUACGGCAACUUCGAGAGGAGACUGCUUCCAUGCAUGGUAGUCAGAUGCAGGUGUCUCCUGAUCAGGCACAGCUACUUGCUAUGCUUGUGCAGAUUCUUAGGGCAGAGCGGUGUAUUGAAGUUGGUGUUUAUACUGGAUAUUCCUCAUUGGCUAUUGCAUUAGUCCUUCCAGAAACAGGUCGUUUAGUUGCCUGCGAAAGAGAUGCCAAGUCUCUUGAGGUUGCAAAGAAGUAUUAUGAGCGAGCUGGUGUUUUGCACAAGGUGGAUGUUAAAUAUGGACUUGCAGCUGAUGCCCUAAAAUCACUGAUUCUAAAAGGUGACGCUUGCAGCUUUGAUUUUGCAUUUGUUGAUGCCGAGAAGAGGAUGAAUCGGGAAUAUUUUGAACUGCUUCUUCAACUGGUUAGAGUGAGGGUUGGGGGUCUCAUUGUGAUUGAUAAUGUCCUUUGGCAUGGAAAAGUUGCUGACACAAUGGUAAAUGACGUUAAGACAGAUAGCAUUAGGAAUUUCAAUAAACAUCUACUGGAGGACAAGCGUGUAAACAUCAGUAUGGUACCUAUUGGAGAUGGCAUGACGAUAUGCCAAAAAAGAUGACCUCAUAGCAAAAGCUGAUGAUAUUCUUGAUUCAAUGAAUAAGUUUUAAUAAACUUAUUUGGUACACAAGUGAAUAAAUCACAUUUUGGUCAUUCAGUUAUGCGUUCCAAGUAUACUCUCUUAUAUCUUGAGACCUAAGUUGGUGUAGCUUUCUGCAAGACUGAAGAUAUACUUUGAGGAUGACUGGAAAACUUGAAGUUUGAAUCUGAUGCUGACAAUGGCCUAUGACAUAUGCUCUAAAUAUAAGUCAUGUUCCUUCUAAGCAGCAAAUGAGAUCAUUCUGAUGCAGAUAUAAUUUAAAUAGAUAGCUUCAUGAUCUAUUGAACAUAAACAAAACUAUAUGCAUUGAAGAAUCAGUUGAUGAGUUGUUGAUUAUGAGCUGGUUUUCCCGAUGUAAAUUUUUUUUGAUGUUUGUAUGCUUGUGGAUUUUUUUCUUUUUUUCUUUUUGUCAAUCAUUUUGGCUCUGCGGGAAGAUCCUUGCAUCCUCCUGGCAGUUGUUAUACUUUUAUAUUUUAUAGCAUCGACAGUUUUACU